AUGAUCAUUCAUUAUGAUAGCAAUUGGCUCUCUUUUGUUAGGGCAGGAGAGGGCAAGUGGCAAGUGGUCUCAACUUCAGCUAGAAGGGUACAAAAUCGGUAUGCAGACUGUGCAUACCAUAAUGGGAGUUUUUACACUGUGACAUACCAUGGAAUAGUAGAGAAAUAUUAUCUUGAUGGACCGAAUGGACCAACAAAGGAGGCGAUUAUUGCACAUAGUACCUAUUCAAGUGUUCUUACUAGGCACUUGGUGUCUACACCAUGGGGUGAUCUCUUGCAAGUCCGGGCCAUUUCUGCAAAUCGUGUGGAUCGUGUGAGAUUUCAAAUUGCCAAGGUUCAUCCUGAAGGAUACAAGAAGGUAUCACCGGACGACUUGGUAGAGCAUGCAAUAUUCGUUGGACUGAAUCACUCGGCAUGUUUACCCUCGAAGAAUUUCCCAGGUUUAAGACCUCAAUGUAUCUAUUUCUCAUCUCCUUGGAUGACAGCGACAUUUGAUUUGGUUGCCCGUUGUCGUGGAUGGGGAGGUGUAAGGUCAUAUGACAUAGAAAGAAGAGUCUUUGAGCAUGCUUUUCCCUUCGUAGGGAUGCCUAAAAGUUGGAGAAUGCAUGUUCCUUCAGAGAUAUGGAUCACACCGAAUAUAUAA